AUGUGCGGUCGUAUUUUCGUUCUUUGUAUAUUUUGUGUAUGCAGCACAGUAUGGUCGUGGGAUUUCAAAGUAUCUCAAAAUCCUGCGUGUGAUGAUGAAUGUCAAGAGGAAUUUCCCAAUUUAGUUCAUGUUUCUGCUAAACACAGCAACUUUUCCAUUCACUUUUUCACUGUAGCAUCGGCCAAGCUUGGGGCUCCCUCGAUAUUUAUGGUCAAAAGUGCAAAGCAAAAUGCGGGAGUUACAUUUGAUUGGAAGAAAUUAUUUUCUAGCAAUAUGUAUGAUGGUAUUCGAAUUGAGGGCGCUACUGAUAUAUAUGGAAUUAGCUAUUUAUCGAUUUUCGAUUUUCGAGAUCCUAGUGGCGAUUCGGACAUGGUUACUGCUAGCAAAAGCAAUAAGACUUUUCAAGAUUAUUACCUUACCCAGUUUGAAUAUUCAAUUGUCAAAGUUGAUCCGACUCCAGACCCAGAAACUGGAUUGAUUGAAAUUCUCUAUCGCUCGGAACCGCGACGACGCCACAGGCUUUUCAAAGAUGGGGGUCAUAUUGAAGUUAAGAUCUUAAUUCCAACGAAGGAUGAUGAAAUUAAUCGCCUCCGAGGGGGGCUGUCCUUUAAGAGUCUUAUCUCCUUCCAUGGUUUAACUAUCCUGCAUCCUGAUUCAAAACUCGGUGUUGGAGUUUUGCUCUUUUCGAAUGUCAGUCUUUCUCCUUCGGGUGAUUUCCUAGAGGGCAAGUAUUUUGAGGAUUUCGACGAGUCUGGUUCUAACAGAGACUUUUACGUUCAUCUGAAUGAAGAAAGCUCUGGAUCUUUUGACCUUGCGAAGCCCUUUGAACUUCCAUCAAGUCAAUCUACUCCCAAGCCGGUCUCCCAGACAUUAGUUCUCUUCCGUGCUGGCGCACUUGGCCAAUUGGAGGGUAAGAGCGAAUCUGCCCCAAUAAAUCCUGGACCUCGGUUGUUACUUCGUCCGAAUCAUAGAAGUCGUCUCUCUCGUUCUUUGGCCAAAGCUCUCUAUGGACGGAGAGUGGAUCAGAACUACCAGCCUGUUCGCAAUAUGAGUAAAAAAAUAGCUACUCCGAUCGGGAUAAGACUGCAACGUUUCGCCUUUGCUGCACCAGGCCAGCAGUCAGCAAAAUAUGCCUCUUGGAAUGUGACUUUGACAAUGGAUCUUCAAAAAGAUGAACCAGAAAAGUAUUUGCUUGUAGAACAAGCAAGGAACAAUCAAGAGAUCGCUGGGAUGCGCGUCUGGGGACUCUUCUUAGUGAAAUGGAUUUCUUCCUUCCAACAAGUUUAA